CCGCAGUCAGAAUCUCCAAUCACUCGCUCACUCUCUCUCUGUCUGUCUGUUUCGACGGACGCCUUGCUUCAAUGGCUUCGAUUGGAUGCCAUUGCCUGUGGAUCUCGAUCUCAAUUUUCAUCAUCCUUAUUUCACUCUCGCCACAAGGUGCCGGCGUCGUCAGUGGAUCAGAUCAAUCAGAGAGCGCCACCGCUCCGCCGCCGGAAUGCGGCUCGGAAACCGCCGGCGGAUGCCGGAGCAGUAUUGGGAUCGUGACGCUUAAAGUCAUCGCCAUCGCUUCGAUUCUGGUGGCGAGCAUGUUGGGCGUUGGUCUGCCGAUGUUUUCCCGGGCGAUUCCGUCUCUCCAGCCGGAUACAAAACUUUUCGUGCUGGUUAAGGCCUUCGCGUCCGGAGUCAUCCUGGCGACGGGGUACAUGCACGUCCUCCCGGAUUCUUUCGACUGCCUGACGUCGGACUGCCUGCCGGAAAACCCCUGGAAGAAAUUCCCCUUCACUACAUUCGUGGCCAUGCUCUCCGCCCUUUUGACCCUCAUGGUGGAUUCCUACGCCAUGAGUUUUUACAGGAAGCGCAGAUCAGAAGCCUCCGCCUCAGCCGGCAAGGUGGAGUCGCAGGAUGUCGAGCACUUCCAUGGCUUCCAUGGAGGUAGCAGCGGCGCCGCCGAUGACAAUGUUGGGCAGCUUCUGCGCUACCGCGUUGUUGCUCAGGUUCUGGAGCUGGGCAUUGUGGUGCAUUCGGUAGUGAUCGGGCUAUCAAUGGGCGCAUCGGAGAACCCCUGCACGAUAAGGCCGCUGGUGGCCGCACUCUGCUUCCAUCAGUUCUUCGAAGGGAUGGGGCUGGGUGGGUGCAUAUUGCAGGCCGAGUACGGGCUUCGAAUAAAAGCCGUGAUGGUGUUCUUCUUCUCGGCUACGACGCCGUUCGGAAUCGCGCUGGGGAUGGGGCUGUCCCAUGUGUACAGCGAGAACAGCCCCACGGCGCUGAUCGUGGUGGGGUUGCUCAACGCCUGCUCCGCCGGCCUGCUCAACUACAUGGCGCUGGUGGACCUUCUCGCUGCGGAUUUCAUGGGGGCCAAGUUGCAGCAGAGCAUGAGGCUUCAGACAUGGGCCUACCUUGCUGUUCUGCUCGGCGCCGGAGGCAUGUCUCUCAUGGCGAAGUGGGCAUAGUAGUCCCUCCUACCUUAUCAACAUGAACAUGGAAAAGAGCAGGACAUCUCAUCCCCUGAAAAUAGCGGGAUGACUACUCUAUUAUUCUCCUUUUGAAUUCAUUGAUGAAGAGCUAUAUACACAGACAUACAGGGGUAAAGUGGAUGGAUAAAUAACAAAUCCUGUCAAGUCUUGGGGAUAAAAUAUGAUUUGAUAAUCAGGAUUAUUUCAAACAAAUCAACUCCAUUUUGAUUACUCCUUGAUUAACAUAUAUUUCUGGAUGAAUUCAACUUUGGUGUAUGACAUAUUUGCUUAGGCCAACUUCACUAGCUUGAAUUCUUGUUUUGCCACUUCACCCCAAUAUACU